AUGGUGGACUUAUUGUGCCCUCGUUAUUACUCUCUUCCAGGGAAACGACGCAUCGAGACUGAUGUUAUGAAGCUGCUCAUGUCUGACUUUGAGGUCAACCUGGUGAACGAUAACAUGCAGGAGUUCUGCGUGCGCUUUUACGGACCUCCAGAGACACCAUUCGCCGGAGGAGUAUGGAAGAUCCAUGUCGAGCUCCCCGACCAGUAUCCCUUCAAGUCACCGAGCAUCGGAUUUAUGAACAAGAUCUUCCAUCCCAACAUCGACGAGCUGAGCGGCUCAGUCUGCCUCGAUGUGAUUAAUCAGACCUGGUCACCGAUGUUUGAUAUGAUCAACAUCUUCGAGGUCUUCCUUCCCCAACUCCUCCGGUAUCCCAAUCCCAAUGACCCCCUGAACGGAGAAGCCGCCGCGCUUCUCAUGCGCCAUCCAGAGGAGUAUGAGACGAAAGUGAAGGAAUACGUGAAACGGUAUGCAACGAAGGAGGCUGCCGAUGCGCUGUCGAGCGACAAGACGGAGGAUGAGGAUGAAGAGAUGAGCGACAUUGGAAGCAUCAGCGACGACGAAUCCUAAUGGACAAUAGAUUCAUCCCCGCCCCUCCACAUACCAUCCCCGGUUCGUAGGAUAGCUACUCCUCACAUUAAUCCCGUAUCACCAGGGUCUUACCGUCAUUCCCGGCUUAUUUCUGCUUCUUUAUUCUCUGUUGGGCACGCCUUUCCCUUGAAGACCUUUCAUUCUAAGCAUCAUAUCGUUCCCGCGUGGAUCACUGUAUUCUAUAUUACAUGGCUGUUGUACAAUAUAUAACUUAGCGUC